AUGGUUAUCAACCAACCUUCAGGCCAGAUCAAGCUAACGAACGUUUCUUUGGUUAAAUUGAAAAAGGGUAAGAAGCGUUUCGAAGUUGCUUGUUACCAAAAUAAGGUCCAAGACUAUAGAAAAGGUGUCGAAACCGAUCUCGAUGAGGUGCUACAAAUUCAUCAGGUUUUUUUAAACGUCUCCAAAGGACAAGUCGCAUCGAAGGAUGAUCUGGUUAAAUGUUUUGGCAGUGCAGAUGUUGAUUUGAUAAUAAAAGAAAUUUUGAAUCGUGGUGAAAUACAGUUAUCUGAGAAAGAGCGCCAACUGAUGCUGAACAAGAUUAAUAAUGAAAUGCUAACGAUCGUAAGCGCCAAGUGCAUAAACCCCAAAUCAAAGAAGCGGUAUCCACCUACAAUGAUCCACAAAGCUCUAGCUGAACUCAAAUUCAGUGUCGUGGUGAAUAAACCCGCAAAACUACAAGCCUUAGAGGCGAUAAAACUUCUCGUUGCAAAGCAGAUCAUCCCGAUUGUGAGGGCUAAGAUGAGAAUUAAAGUUGACAUUCCACAAGCUGACAACAAAGUUAUCAUCGAAAAAGUAGCUCCUUUAAUCAGUUCCCCUGAUUUGGUUGCUACGGAAAGUAACUGGACGUGCACGGGGCUCAUAGACCCCAUAAGUUAUAGAGAUAUUGUCAAUUAUUGCACUAACAAAGGCACCAUACAGGUAUUAGAUAUGGCUGUAGUCGAUGCUUCAAAGUAA